CAACUGUGGACAGCUCCAGAGCUACUGCGACAGUAUCCCAACCAGGGUGACCUUCGAGGCACCUACAAAGGUGACAUCUAUAGCUUUGCAAUCGUCUCUCAGGAGAUUAUUUAUCGCAAAGGUGUCUUCUACCGGCCCGAUAUCUUCGAGCCCGAGGUCAUCAUCAUACAGCGGGUGAAAUCAAGUCCACCGUUUCGUCCACUGAUGGAGGUUUCGGAGGAGGCCGGACGUACGGCCGAUCUUGUGGGCCUGAUCCAGAGCGCCUGGGCCGAGGAGCCCUCUCUUCGACCCGACUUUACUACCAUCAAGUUGUCUAUGCGCAAGUUCAACGAGUCAGUCACAUUCUUUUCUUUAUUCUCUCAUCGCCUUCACUAUCUCAUAGGGUUGAAUAAUUCAGGAUUUAGCUAA